AUGUCAGUAGAUAAAGCCAAAGAAUCAGCAGCGAUCGCAGCUGUUAAUGAACAUAUUAAUCAUAAUGUACAUGUGAUCGGUGUGGGAUCAGGUUCAACGAUUAUUCCAGCAGUGAAAAGAAUUGCGGAAAUGGUCGAAAAAGACAAACUCGAUUUGAUUUGUGUUCCGACUUCAUUACAAGCUCGCGAACUGAUACUCUCGCAUGGUUUAAAACUUGGCAGUUUAGUUGAAUACCAAGAACUUGAUGUAGCAAUCGAUGGUGCAGAUGAAGUUGAUGAACAAUUUAAUUGUAUUAAAGGUGGCGGUGGAUGUCAAACACAAGAGAAGCUCGUUGCUAUUUGUGCAAAGAAAUUUAUUGUCGUUGCCGACGAAAAGAAAUGGUCAACGAAUCUUGGUGAUAAAUGGAAGAAAGGGGUGCCCAUCGAGGUUCUUCCCAUCGCGUAUAAAAUAACGAAAAAAGAAAUUGAAAAACAACUCGGUGGUGAAGUUAUUGUUCGCGAAGGCACAGGAAAAGUCGGUCCGGUGUUAACUGAUCAAGGCAAUUUCAUUCUCGAUUGGAAAUUCGAUUCUUCAAAAGUUUUCAAUUGGUCAGAUGUCAACCAACAAUUAAAAUUAAUUCCUGGUGUGGUUGAAACUGGUUUAUUCAUCAAUAUGAUUUCGAAAGCAUAUUUUGGUAACAACGAUGGCAAUGUUCAAGUCAAAGUCAAUUCAGCAAUAGUUUCCGCUUAA